CUCGGAUUAGCAUUCUCGGCUGGUCACGCGCGAUGUCUUCGGACUGCUCAAGCGAAUAGGUGUCCUUUAUCGUCUCCUUGUCUUCUUUCUUAUCCUAGCCCUCGCGUCGACACUCGAGACUGUGUAAUCUACACGACCAGACCGAUAUCUAAGUCAACGACCCAACGAACGGUUCUGCACUACAGGGCGGUAUAGCUUCACGCAGCAAACCCCUCCUCACAGGCACUCACUGAUAUGGUUACAUCAUGGUGGCAUCUGCUCCUCGCUGCCAACGCGGUCUCCGCAUCGUUCAAUUCGGCACAGCCAGCACCCCAACUUCCACUUGAUGCUCCAUCCGGCAUAAUCACUUCGCAUUCCUGGGACGAACCGAUCGAUAAAGAUGCGACUGGUAAUCUCAUCUUCCAGUCGCUUGCAUCUCUCAUGCAAAUGAUGCCCAACGCGUGGUAUCCGAACGGUCACACCAUCGUUCGUGCCAGCAUACCGCCCGGCACGCUACUCUAUCACGGCCGAAGGGACGCGGACUACCCCACCAUGGAUUGGACAUCCGUCGACCCGGAGCACUCCAUCGUAUUUACAACCGGGGAGAACGGCACGCUGUUCACGUUCUGCACCACGCGUAAACUCGAUCUUCUGUACUUUGACGGGUGCAGCGCGAACCACGCGGGCGGUGUAGUCGAUGCACAAGACGUGCUGAUCUACGGAGAAGUACCUCAUGAAGCGGAAUGGGGAGGGAUGGCGAGCGAAUGGCAGCGGCUCGCAGACAUGUGCGCAUGGGGAAAGCAGUACAACAUUGAUGGGUUCAUCAGAAUGCAAUUUGAUUUCGAGAUCAUGUACUGUGAUUUCUCAAAGGGCUUGGAGCUCGUAUCCGCGGUUAAAACAGUCCGAACCGGAGGCCUAACACUCAAAGACCCACAGAGUCAUCGUGGAAUCCCAGCAUUGCUACGCACAAAUGACGAGAAGCUCGAAAGACGCUUGGGUAGCCCGGAAUGGCCCUGGAUUGAUCCAGCUCCUCCCCCAAAAGGCUGGAAAGGAAGCCCUCCCAAGGUCAUCGCAGGUGAGGUCUGGCAUGCAGGCAGCUGGCAUAAUGCCUUCCCUGGCGACAUGCGUGUGCACGUCGACCUGUCAAGCAUGAUCACCUUCUUUGACCCUGCAUUCAGGUCCCUCAUAGAACCCCGCCGGUCUCGCCAGAGGGAGGAUUAUCGCCUGCUGAACAUUUCGAAGAAGGAUAUUGCAGCUGCACAGAUGGAGGUUGAUCAUGUGCUGAGGCGCGAUUCCGGGGCAGGUAGCGGAUUUGACUGGCAGAGCCUCGCACAGGUCAUUCAGGAUAGGUUCUCUGAUCGGCUGCCGUACCUACACUACCUGUUACGCCAGCCGAUAACCAACGCGUCCGAACAGGUUGCAGACGUUCGUCAGCAACUCAUCGUCUCCCUCAUCCCUUACAUGCCGCGUGCCAGCGUUGGCGAGCCAGCAUAGUAUGCGGAGAUUGCUAGAGGCUGCGCUGCUAGCUUUACGUCACACCUUCCGAGGUCGCGGUUCACGAAACAGGAACACGUACUGAAAGCGGCUGUAGACGAGGUGCUGCAUGAAAUCUGCAAAGUGUUGACUGCGACGUGGCGAGAGGCGUAUGACAUCGAGGAACAAGACAUGAAGGCUGUGGAAGAUUUCCUGGUGAAAUGGAGAGACGAUAUCAAGGCACUGUUAGAGUGGCUUGAUUGGCCUGUGUGGCUGGGCUGUAGUCCAGCGUGCAAUGAAGAUGAAUACUGCGUUAUUCCUCAAUACAUGCCCUUCCCUGGUAGGAAGAGAGAUAAAAAUGACCGCUUGCCUCGAUGCAUCUCG